AUGGCAUUAGCACUUAUACCCUCGCAGGCAUCGUGGAUGAUAAGGAAGAUUAUGGCAGCAAGAAGAACUUUGGAACAGACUCAGGCAAUACAAUUAAGUUCUGUAAGCAUAAAGUAUAUCUAUCAAAAGCUCCUGGGAGACAAUCCAAAAGUUGCAUGGAAGUCCCUCUUAUUUGGCAACAGUGCAAGACCAAAGGCUAAAUUCACACUAUGGUUGCAGCUACAUGAUAGACGGCAAACAACUGACAGACUUCAGGCAUGGGGAUUAGAUAUUGAUCAACAAUGCAAACUCUGUCAACAACAGGGGGAAACAAGAGAUCACUUAUUUGUUCGAUGUGAAUUUACUCAAGGGGUGUGGAAAAGAAUUAUGACUUGGCUGCAAUGGCAAUGGAAUCCUACAACAAUUUGGGACACUCAUCUAGCAUGGAUAAUACUGUGUGCGAAGGGGAGAUCAUUGAAUGCUCAGAUUUUCAAAAUGAUAUAUGAUGAGAUUACAUAUGCAAUUUGGAUGGAAAGAAAUAGGAAGAUCUUUGAAAACACACGACGUCAAUGUGAGGACCUUGCAAAGGAGAUCGUCUACAUUUGUAAUGUUCGAGCCAGCUCUCUAGUUAAGACAAAAAUCCAGCAGCUUAAAAUUUAG